CAUUGGUUCUGCGCGCGUAAAUGUACCCAUACUACCAGGCCAUAGUAUACAGUGCAUAUGCGUUAUGCAUGCAUGCAGUAUACAUACACACGUUUUCUCAUAGACCAAACGAACUAGCCGCUGCCCCCGUAUUUUGAAUGGGGACCCAGACGGAAGAAUAUUUGGUCAACAUUGUUCAGAGAACCAAACCAACUCUAUUAAAAAGGAUACCGGUGAUCCAAAGGGUGCGAGGCUUGGAGUGAAUAGGAUGAAUUCCUCUGAUCCUCCGAGUCAACUCCCUCCUCCACCACAUCUCUACAGCGACACCCCUGUAAGAUCAUCCAGCCUUCCUACCAUGCAGGAGGUGAUGGGAAACUCCUCACCAUCAAAGCUCCUUGGCCUUGCGUCGUCUGCACAGAAGCCUAGUCCUGCAGCAGCUGCAUCCUUUACUAGUCACAGUCACAUUCCGGUCAACCCUAUCCCAGGCCCUAUCCAUCACAAGAUAGCACAGCCGAUGCGCCAGGCUGAGCCACCACAGACGCUCCACCAUACAUUCCCCAGCGGUCCUCAGGAAGAACCGGACUCUGCACCACAGCCUUCUUCUCAGCAGUCCUUUCCUCACUCAGCUGCACAGCCCUUCAUGCCGCAAGGACAAUCGACUCAUCCUAGCAAUGCAUAUGAAGAAGUAGUGCCAACUCCAGACCCAUCUGGCUCCCCUGUCAAAAUGCCAAUCACGGAUGCAUCAAACUCUAUCGGAACUGAUUCUGAUCUCGAUUUGCAGCCUGUGAAUGUACAACCUGCUUCAGAAUCCCUCGGACAGGUAUCCCCAGAGCCUUCUGGUGAUAUCCCAGUGACAGGCACACCUCCUGAUCAGAUGGGCACUCCUAUAAAACAGAGUUCAGUUAUUCCAACUCCGCCUUCUGAUUCAGGACCCUUUGACACUUCAGAAGCGAUGUCACCCGAGAUAAAGAUUAAAAUAAAAAAGACUGUUAACAAAGGGAAAUCGAGCCUUACUGCGACGUUACUCACCAAUGACGGAUCCCCACAGAAGACAUCGCCUAGUGCCAGUGACAUAGAAUCUGUUGCUGUUACAAAGCGCAACCUGAUGUCCAGUAUUGACGGAGAACUGCCCGGUGACCCGACGCCCACCAAACCCCAGACCGUGGCUCAGAGGAGGGAUACAGCCAAGGCGGUCAAAGGGAGUAGCAUCCCAAAGGGGCAUUUUAUCAAGCAGCCACUACCAACCAAUGAUGAGAAGCCGUGCGAGUGGCUUGUUGGAGAUCUUGUCUGGUCAAAAGUCAGUGGACAUCCAUGGUGGCCAUGCAUGGUAGCCUAUGACCCCAACCUGGGAAUCUACACCAGAAUGAAAGGUUCCAUUGGGAAAACAUACCGAAUGUACCAUGUGCAGUUCUUUGGAGAGGUCCCGGAGAGAGGCUGGGUGAGCGGAAGUAGCAUGAAGAAGUUUUCAGGACGUGACCAGUAUGAUUCUCUAGUUGAAGAGAUGGUCAGCAAAGUCCGUAAGGCAGAGAGGUCGCGCAUGCUGAGCAAGCUAGCUGUGAAACCGUGCAGGAGAAAUGCUUGGGAUGCCGCCAUUUCAGAAUGUGAGAAGGCGCUGCCUAUGAGCAGACACGAACGCAAACUAAAUUUCACAUUCAAGUAUGAGAUGCCCAAGGCAGGUGCUGGUGCUGCAGCUGAACAAAUCGACAUAGUGUCGCUUGGGGAUUCCCCAAAGAUGAAAGCCAAGAGGGCGUACAAGAAGCAGAAAGAAGAAGCUCCAACUCCUGAUGCCAGUGGUGAUAAGCAACUGCAGAUCGACCAAACUCCAGAAGCAACCAAGAAAGAAAGCAAGAAAGAAAAACCUGAGUCUGAUACACCAAAGAGAAAACGAGGUCGGAAGACGAGUCAGUUCUUAGAGUUCUCCAAGCAUUUCAAGAAGGAGAUUGUGAAAGAGAAUCCUGGCAUCGGCCAGAGGGAGAUCUAUGAGAAACUGCAAGAGAAGUGGGAGAGUCUGUCUGAAGAGGAUAAGGAGAAGUAUGUGACCAAGCCUCCAACCCCACCCUCCACUAAGAGAGAGAGGAAGAGGAAGGGUUCUCCGGAGCAAGAGAGCGAGACUGCUGCACCUGUGAAGAGAUCCAAGCGAGAAUCUAAACCAUCCAAGAAACUCCAAGAAGCAGACCUGUCCAGCCUGGGGUUUUCCCCCAAGGUUGUGGCUUCCAUCAAGAAAUAUAGCGAAGCUUCUCAAUCGGAAUCCCAAACUUCUGACGGCUUUCUGUCCCCGUCAAGAGAAGCAGUUGCUCCCAAGAAGAGCAGGGCAAAAUCGUUAGAUGCCCAACCCCAACCUGUUCCCACGGCCGAGGCUUCAAGCACCAAGAGGGUGAGGUCUAGGAAAAGCUUGCAAACUCCUGCUGACGCCACGGACAAACCUGGCAAGAAGAAGAGGUCAAGAAAGGGAGAGAGUUCCGUCGUCGAGAGAGGAUCAGGCACCACCAAACCAGAGGCUAUAACAUCAGAUAUGAGUCAGGACUUUGCUGAGAUGCAGGAGGAUGAUGAUGAGGGCGGUCUUAUCAUCGAUACAGACCUCAUUGCUGAUGCCAUCCAGUCCGUCGGUGAAGGCCGAAAGGCGAUCCUCACAGUGUUGCCAGCUCCGAGACCGAUGUCUCAUCCCAGCAUGGGGGUAGUACUACUGGAAGCUCUAAUGGUCUGUGAGAGAACCGGUCAGUUGCUUCUCUGUGAGGGGGGCUGCUGCGGAGCCUUCCACCUUGACUGUAUUGGACUACAGGUGGCGCCCUCUGGCUCAUUCAGAUGUGAUGAAUGUAUAUCAGAUGAAGAAACAUUCAUCCAUGAUUGUAAAGAAGGUAUAGGAUUUUUCAAACAAAGCUGUUUUAAUAAUCGUUGUGUAUUUUUAAUUUCCUUGGUUGUAGGCGUACAUUCUUGCUUCGUGUGCAAGCUGUCCGAUCAGGAAGUGAGGCGAUGUCAUGUCCCAGUCUGUGGGAAGUACUACCACGAGGGAUGUAUCCGACGCUUCCCGCUGACCAGGUUCGAUAGUCGCGGAUUCACCUGUCCCCUUCAUGCCUGUGUAGCGUGCUUCGCUGAUAACCCCAAGAGCACAAAAGCUUCAAGAGGUCGUUUGAUGCGCUGUGUGCGCUGUCCUACGGCAUACCAUCAGGGUGACCUGUGCAUAGCAGCUGGGGGUAUCGUCCUAGCGGCAAACUCCCUCGUCUGUAGCCGUCACUUUCAACCAAUCAAAUCACACAAGCAUCAUACCCACGUCAGCGUGAGCUGGUGUUUCACUUGCUCAUUAGGUGGAGAUCUGAUAUGCUGUGAGAGCUGCCCUGCAGCCUACCAUGCUAAGUGUCUAGGCUUUGACUCUGUCCCUGAUGGAAACUGGUUCUGCAGAGACUGCGUCAAUGGAAAGAAGCCACGCUAUGGGGAUAUCAUCUGGGUCAAACUCGGCAAUUACAGGUGGUGGCCAGGUCGUGUGUGUAACCCCAAGGAUGUCCCUCAGAACAUCCAGGACAAGACUCAUAUAGUAGGAGAGUUUCCUGUCCAGUUCUUUGGAUCCAAUGACUACUUCUGGACCCAUCAAGGAAGGGUCUUUGAGUACCAGGAGGGGGACAAGGGAAGCAGGGAGACGGCCAACUCCAAGAGGCUGGCCGCAGUCUUCAGCUUGGCUCUGAAGGAAGCCUCACAGAAGUACAAACUCUGGAGGGCAUCGAAAGAACAGAAGCUCGCUAAAGAAUUAGAACACAGCAACAAGAAACCUGCACCAUUCAAGUUCAUUAAGACGAAUCGUCCUGUUGGUAAUGUAGUGAUGCCAGCCUUUGACAUCACCCAGUGCCAAGCAUGUGAGUGUCGGCCAGACAUGGAGAACCCGUGUGGACCAGACUCAGACUGUCUCAACAGAAUACUCCUCAUAGAAUGCCACCCACAGAUCUGUCCUGCCAAAGAGGAGAAGUGCCAGAAUCAGAGAUUUCAGAAGAGAGCUUACCCAGACUCCUGCCAGAUGAAGGUCAGCCAUAGAGGAUGGGGUCUGGUGGCCAUGGUCGAUAUCAAAAAGGGCGACUUCGUCAAUGAGUACGUGGGCGAGUUGGUCGACGAGGAAGAAUGUCGACGACGGAUCAAGCAGGCGCACGAGGAGAACAUCACCGACUUCUACUUCUUGACCCUGGAUAAAGAUCGCAUCAUCGACGCCGGUCCCAAGGGCAACCUGUCUCGUUUCAUGAACCAUUCGUGUCAACCCAACUGUGAGACGCAGAAGUGGACAGUCAACGGAGACACCAGGGUGGGGCUCUUCGCUAUCAGGAACAUUGCUGCAGGUAAUGAGAUAAGCUUCAACUAUAAUCUGGAUUGCCUGGGGAAUGAGAAGAAGAGGUGUGAAUGUGGGGCUCCUAACUGCAGUGGAUUCAUCGGGGUCAGACCUAAGACUGCUGCAGCGGCUGCUAUGGAGGAGCGAUCCAAACAAGCCAAAGACAAGAAGAAGAAGCGGGUCCGCAAGAGGAACAAGCUCCAGGUUGUCAAGGUCAAACAUGAGGACUAUUGUUUCCGAUGCGCAGAGGGCGGAGAGCUGACCAUGUGCGAUGUCAAGACAUGCCCCAAGGCAUAUCAUCUCGACUGCUUAGGUCUAACGAAACAGCCCUAUGGUAAAUGGCAGUGUCCCUGGCACCACUGUGACGUCUGUGGCAAGGGGUCCGUCAAGCUCUGUCAAGAAUGUCCAAACUCCUACUGCAAGCACCAUGCAGGCGAAACGACAGUCAUCAUCAACGACAAGGUCUUCUGCAAAGAACAUGACCUGGAAGAUAUCGAGAGGAUGGAAGAUGAGAAAGCCAGGCUGGCCCUCCUCAAGAUGGAAGAGGAUGUUGCUAAGAUGAUGCAGGAGGUGCAGGCGGUGAAAUCAGAAGAGGAGGAGGAGAAGGCAGAAAAGAAGAAGAAGCGACACAGACAUAGAAAGGUGUCUGGAGAUGAGAGUGAUAAAAAGACAAAGGAUAAAGAUGAAAAGAAGUCCAGGAAAGGAGACAGGUCAACAGAUGGAGAGGAGGUGGUUAAAAAAGAAAGAAAAAAGCACAAGAAAGACAAAGGGGAUAGAGGUGAAAAGCCGAAAGUUAAUGGUAUCCAUGGUGAUGAGCCAGAGGUCAAAGUUGAGCCUUUGGAAAGCCACGCUGCCGAGCUGGAAGCUAGCAGUGACCCUGUUGACGAGGUAGCCCUGCUUGAGUACGACGAUGACAGCGAAGCAGAACUGGUGAUCGAUGAAACUGUAGUUGAGAAGAAGAAAAGAGAUAGGAAGCGGCAAGCAGAGGAUAGCACGGAAGUCUCGACUGACCUACAGGAUAGCAGCAUUAGCCCGAAAAAGAAGAAAAAGAAAGAGAAGAAGCACAAAAAAGACAAGGAAAAUAAAAGAGACAAAAAAGACAAAGAGAGAGACAAAACAUCAGGAAAAGAGAGGAAGACGGAUAAUGUAUCAAACACAACAACUAAAAUGGUCAAUGGUUCUCUGGAAAGUGAUUGAUGAAUCAUAUUUUAUAAAUUGGUUUUCUUCUGUUUAGUAUUUUUUUUAUGUUGAGGUAACUCCCGAAUACAGUCUUGUUUCAGUCAAUGUUAUAUUUUAACAAUAUUUUAUAGUUUGCUUGCCUUAAGACUUUCUCCCCUCCCCACCCUACGUCUUUACUUCUGUUUUAUUUAACGUUCUUGUGGUGAUUUCUUUAAGUGUAUAUUUUGGUUUAAAAUAGGUUUUCUUUUGUUUAAUAUUUUUAAGGUCAUGGUGUAUUCCUUCCUGUUAGCAAACAACUUCCCAAUAUAUCCUCAAACCAUUUCUACUUGACAAUCACUCUCCACCCUCUAUUCCACUUAGUUGCUGUCUAUCAACCAUAUAUUUGUGUCACUCAAUCCCUUUUGAAUAAAGCGAAAUACUCUACAUGCAAUCCAAAUUAGUGUUUACUUGUGUAAACAGGAUAAAAGAUGAGACAUAUAUUAUGCAUAUUGAUGGAUGAUUUAAACUUUGUUCUUGAGGAUUAUAUUUGUUUCGAUAAAGAAAACUGGAAUUAUUGUGUGAUCACAUCUUGUUCAAUGAAAUUAACAAUGUACAAGAACUAUCCAAGGAGCAGUAUGAUUUAAUUGUAACAGAAUUAACAUAGCAUCUUUUUUUUUAGUGUGUGCUGGAAUUGCACACAUGUACUAACUGAUUCAGCCUUUCAUUAUUCAGAAACAAUAUUGUUCUCGCAUAUGAAGAGCUUCGGGACGAGAAAAAACAUUGAUAAAGAACUCUGAGAAUAUCCCUCGAUAUUGAGACAAUAAUUUUGAAUGAACUUUUGAAAAUAAUUGUGUGGAUUUUUCUACUCAUUAUUUGCCCCAAGGUCAAAGUAAAGAGAUGAGGGCCUUUCAGCUCUAAAAAUAAUAAUUCAAUGUUUUAAAAAAUUAACUCUAAGAUAAAAGAUUAUUCAUUUCUAGAUCAGGAAAAGGUGUAGAUAAUCAAGUUAAGAUUUGUGCCAAAUUGUUAAUGUAUUUUGUGUUAUGACAAUUUCACAAUCAGAGUAAGGCAAAAUGUUAGAUCUGCACUAAGUGAUCAUGCUUUUACUAUUAAAUUUUAUUGCUCCCAAUUUUUUUCUCCCAAGUAUGAAAUCGAUUUAGGUACUAUUGAAUGUAAUUGAAUUGCUUAAAAUGUUUUUGUUUUUAUGAUCAAUACAAUCUUGGUUUCAUAAGAAAUAAUGGAGAUUAUCACUGCCGGUAAUUCUUUUUCUUUACAUCCAUUGAUAUACAUGUGUAUGUCAUAUUUGCAUAUAUGUGUGUUGAAAGUUCCUUAGUCAAGACGAUUGUACUGUUUCGCGUUCAUCAUCCUGUCUGUCAACGGUCAUAUUUGUUUGGAAUAUUAAC